AGAGGCCUCUUAAUCGGCGACAGCGGGCAGCGGAAGCGAUAUCCUCGCAGUGCUCGCAUCAACGGCUUUGUUCAAGGGUGCGGCAAGCCGAUUACAACGGAGCCCGAGAUGACUAGCAGCAGCACCCGGUUAGCAGCGACUGUUGCGUUUGCGUUGACGCUGGUGGUCGCAGUAUCCGCCAGGAGCGCCCACGAGCCGGAAAAGCUGAACACAGACGUCGUUACACAUGCCUCUGACGACUUUUCAAUUCCGAUAAACCCAGCGGAGACGAUAUUCAGUCUCGCCAAGGGCGCCAUCAUCGCAAUAGUGAUAAGCGUCAUCGUGGUCAUCGUCCUCAUCGUCUUGUGCUGCGUCUGCUGUUGUAAGGCUUGCGCGAAAAACAAGGAGACGCACACAGUAGUGUACUCGGGCAACCCGCCACAGCAAUUCCCGCCGCCGAUGCACCACCAGUGGCCGCCAGGGACGCAGCCUACCUCACCCCAGGGAUACUUCGCGCCUCAGGCCCAGGAGGCAGCGCCACCGCUAGCGUACCCACCGGCGUACCCGGCGGGCCCUGCCUACGAGCCACCGAAGAAGUACUAGUUCGUGGAAGGAAGUACAUCGCUUUAUACCGUACCAAAUCACGCGCGGCGCGACAUUUGUGGAUACAAUGUCGGAAGAAAUCUUCUUCUUUUUUUAUUUAAUGUCGCAAGAAAUCGGCCACGAAAACAAAAACGUGGAUCUCUUCCUU